AUGAGUAACGAUUAUAUUUAUAAUGAUUAUGGAAAUAAUAUUAAAAUAAAAAGAACUUGUGCUGUUUGUGGUGAUUCACCAGCCAAAAUUCAUUAUGGUGUUUUAGCUUGUUUUGGUUGUAAAGGGUUUUUUAGAAGAGCUGUUAAAGAUGGUAGAAAUAAAUAUGUUUGUAGAUAUAAUAAGAAUUGUAAUGUUGAUAAAUAUGUAAGAAAUAGUUGUAAAUAUUGUCGUUUUAAAAAAUGUCUUUUUGUUGGAAUGGAUCCUAAAUCUGUUCGUCCAAAUAAAGAUCAGGUACUAUUUGAAAAUAAAGCAAAACAUAUUAAUUUAUUAAAUGGUUUAAAUAAUAAAAAUUAUAAUUCAAAUUCAUGUCUACAGUGUUCAUGUUUAUCUGAAAAUACAAUUCAAAAAGAAGCAAUUAAUGAAUGUGAAAUUUUAAUAAAAAUGUCACUUAAAAAUUUACACAAUAAUUAUUCCAUUCAACAAUUUAAUGAUUUAUCAUUAAAAGGUUUAAUAAGUUAUCGUUUAUUAACAAUUAAAAUUAAAGAUGAUGAGGUGAAUAAUGAUAAAGUAGAAGAAGUUUUUAAUUAUAGUAGUUAUUCAAUCCUUGAUACAAAAAACCUCUCUUCAGAUGUAUUAUCAUUAUGGAAAAUUAUUUUUACUGUUGAUAUAGUAAAUAAUUUGGUAAAUUUAAGUUCAAAAACUGAUUAUGAAUCAUCAAUUACAAUGGAAGAUAAAAUUGCUAUUAUACAAACUUGUUUUCCAAGAAUUUUAAUAUUAUUAGUUUUAUUAAAUAAAAAACAAAAUGAAAAUGAAUUAUCUAAAUUUUUAAAAUAUGAUACUUCUUUGUGUGAUUGUUUAAAAAAUGAAUCAAUUCAUCCGUUAAUGAAGCAUUUUCCAUCAUGUUUUACUGAUGAAAAGAUUGCCUUUUUUAUUAUAUCUAUAACAUUAAUGGAUCCAGAUAUUAUAGGUAUCAGACCAUUAGCCUCAAAAACAAUUUCAAAUUUACGUUUAUUGUUAUUUAAAGAAUUAAAUGAAUAUCUUAUGAAUACUCAAAAUUUUGAAAUUACUAAAAAAACAAACAUUUUAUCUCUUAUUUUUUAUAUUGCACCUAUAAUUGCUUAUGCAAAACGUUUACGUAAAGAACUAGAAUUGCAAAUGAAUGCUCAAUUUUUAAAUUAUUAUAAUAUUCAAUAUUAUGAUGUUUUUAAAGAUAUUAUUAUGGAAGAUAAAAAUAAUUUUCUAUUUUUUGAUACACCAACAGAUGAUGAACCAUCAAAUAUAGGACAAUCAAAUGAUUGUGACAUCAAUUAUAAUCAUUCUUCGCAAAAAUUAAAUUCUACUAACAAUUAUAUUAACGUUAACAAAAAAAAAGAGAUAAAUAUAAGCAAUACACAAAUUGAUACUAGUAUAAAUUUACAAAGACCAACAUUUUUAGAUAUUCCAACAACAAUUUUUUCAACUCCAUAUAAUAUGGAAAAAAAUGAAAAUAUUAUAAGAAGAGAUAAUAAAAAUGAGGAAAAAAAAAUAUAUAAAUUUCCAUUAACACUAACAAAAUCAAUAGAAGAAAUGUUACGUAUUCCAAAUUGUAAUGAAUUUAAUCAAUCACUUAUAAAUCCUUCAAAUAAUAUUGGUUGGGCAGAUAUUAGUAUGAGUACACCAGCUUUUGAUAGAGAUAUUGUAUCUAAAUUUUUUCCAGAUUACAAUGUAAAUAAAAAAUAG